GACUGUAUGAGCAUGUACACAACCUGCCUUAACUGAACCAAAGAUACUGAAUACAACAGUAUCUUUCAACUGAAACAGAAUGUCUGCAGAAAGAAAAGAAAUCCUUAAAAAAAAUUAAUGAACUCGAGCAUAGCUACGAUAACUAUAUUUCACGAUUGUCUCUUCGUGUGUAUAUGUGUUACAUAUUUCUGACGCCAUUGUCUAUGACCGGAGGGUGCAAGUCUAUCUUCGUGCAGGGACAACCCAGGCAAUAACGAUCGAUGAAAGUUUUCAAAUUUCCCCCUCACCCCCUCGCAGAGCGUCUUCAAGAAAAGCUCAAGCAAAAGCCAGGAAAAGGAAGCCGGGAGUGCUGUUCAUAAUUUGCAGACAUCUACGUCAGCGAGCGAAAAUCAAUGGCAAAGGGAAAUGGGGAGGGGUAUGUUGGGGAGGGGGGGGCAAUGCAUGCAGAAUUUCUCUGUCGUCCUUGCCCGCCCCCAUCUUCUCAACCUCCUUCCCUCAAUCUGCCCGUUCCUUUCGCACGCGUCCUCAAAUCGAUCUCCGCCGCGAACAUGACAUUCAUCGAGAAAAGGCUCGUGCCGCGCCCGCGCCGUCUCCUUUCCUUCGCCUCACCCUUCUAACCCCCUUCCCCGACCUCUCUGUUUUCCUCCUGCCAGCAACUGCAGAGCGAGAUGUGGGGGGGGGGUAGGGAGGAUGGGACACUACUGUGGCAGCCGAUGACCACCGCGCCGUCUGCUGGUGACCUCCGAGCGAUGUGAGUCGCAGAGGUGCUAGUCUCGUCUGCUGCAAACGUCACAACAGCAAUCAGUGUUGGUACGUCACUAUACGUCAUCCAGACAUAUCGCCGAGAGACGAGGAAGCCCUCGGAUUGAUGUGCACAGAAAGAUCGAGGCUGCACCACUCCCUCCGUGAUCGCCUUGCCCGCCCUCCGUGUCGACGACACCAUCUCAGAUGCCAGACCACUCACCGACCCUCUCGUCUCUUCCUUUGUCCAUGGCGUGAGUAACACAAGUCAGCACUAAAGAAAGGAAAGCAAUGCUUGCAUGCAUUUUAGGUUCGCAGUGCCCUGGCGCAGGAGACUUUCUUGCACUCCAGAAGGACGGUGACCUUCGUAUGCCGGCUUGAUGGAUGUCACAAAGUUUUUCUCUGAGGUUAGGGACCGUGUGGGCGGCGUUGUAGCCUUAUUGUGAUGUGAGGCUAACACGAGCAGUGAUUUUGCAGUGCGCUUAGAUCGUUUUCACAGCACAACAGCUUUUGAUGAGCGGGAUUUUAGCGAUCCUGUUUUGAUUGCUGUUUAUAGUAGAAGUAUUCAGUGUGUCACGUGCUCACAGUCCGACAUAACUGCCGUUUGUGACGUUGCUCCAACAUUCACAUAGGUAUUAUGUUGAUAACUGCUCGCUAACAACGUCGCCAGGCACAUCUAACCCAUCAAUUCUUUGUGGAUAUAUAAUAUCAUAGAAUAGCCACGACCCGAUAAGCUGAUGGAGUGUACGGCAAUCGCUUUGUGAUGUUGUUUAGUCUUGAACAAAAUAAAAGAGAGAAAUAAAUAAAUAAAAGUUUGGGAUAAGUUAUUGAACCUAGAUUUGGACGGGACCACACCGCCCUCUUUUGCCAGGCAGCAUAUACUAAUGAAUGCAGGAUCGAUCAUAAACUGGUGGAAGUUGAAAACAAAAGUGAGUGAAAAUGUAAGAAUCUGAACACCUCAUUGCGUGUUUGGUGACAAACGACUUUAAAUUUCCAUCAAAACGAAUACAACACAUCUACUUCCCAUUUGCCCGAAAACUACGGCGCUGACUCGGAAAUGUGUAAGUCAUUGUUCUCAGCACUAAAGUAAACAAACCACGUGGCGCGGGGUGACUCGUACUGCUAGACACCACAUACUGAAGACACAUGCAUUUCGCUCCCCUGUGGAUGCUUUUUCUCCCCUAAGCCAUCGUUUUUGUUUGUCUGUUUUCUGCUCACUGACGGCCGCAAGAAAUUGCGCUGGGUGUGAUAAAAGGUUUAUUUGGACAUUUAAAUGGAUUACAACGCGGACUUCUGACCUGCCAACCUGUGUAUGUGGUAUUCGCGCAGAGCUCAAUGCCAUGUUGUCAUGGACAUUAUCAUCUUUUGCACUGGUGCGAUUUUAGCAGAGCAGGUGACGACCGUGAUGUGACAGUGACACGACCUUAUCGAUAUAAAUGUGGAUAUUGUUCUCAUUUGAAGAUGACCGUUGACAAAGCUCAAAUGAUCACGUGGUCUUUGGUGUGGCAUCAUCGGUGACGCUAGCUCUCACCUGGAGCGCCUCUCCGCGCGUCGGAUGCGACGCUUGACGUCAGCGACGCCUGCAGCAGGUGCCAGCAUGAUGCGCGAACUGAGCCGCUCGUCCGACAGCAGUCGCACCAACAGUCGCGAGAUGCUGGAGGUGGUGCUGCACAAGAAGGACGACGACGAGCGUCUUACUCCUCACCAUCACCACCACCACCAGCACCACAUGCAGCAGCUGCACCAGCUGCGCAGCACGGACAGCGGCACGCGCCUGUCGCCCAUGCUGCUGCGCACUCCUCACUUGCAGCAGAACAACAACUUGGGCGACUUCAGCCGCGGGCCCUCCAGCUUCUCGCGGAAAAGCCUCUCGCGACAGUCCCUCGACAGCAACUCACACAUCAGCGACGUCUGCGACGACCGAGAGAACCACCAGCAUCACCACCAGCCCCACGAAGACGGCGCUGGUUGCGCAUGCGCAUCCGGUACGGGCAUCUUCCUGCACAGUUUGGGGCUACUGGCAGUGGCCUCCCUUGUCCUGAGCGCCAUGUCGCUGCUGCUGCUGUCUGCCGUCUCGCAGGCAGUGGACACCGGCCACUCUAACCAUCACCACAGUCUAGGGGCCACAAGGAAUCCGAGCCCCAGCGACGACUCCGCCAAACGGGAGCCGCCGGAAUCCUACAAAAUCGCCACCUCGUCUUCCGGAAGUGACGCUAAAAUCAGCAGCACCAGCAGCAAGAGCCAGGGCGUGGGCAAAGGCUGGGGGGCCGCUGAAGGGUUCACAUUGACGGGACAAACACUGGCCACCACUGCUGACCAGAGCCCGGAUCUCGAAACCAGGAAGGCCUUGGGGCGAUUUGCCGGAACUCAGAGCCUAAUAGAGGCCGCGGUUGCCAUGACGACGCUGGUUGUGGUGGCUAACCUGUGCUGCCUGAUGGUGUGCUGUAUGCAGUGCUUCUUCGCUGCCAAACUCCUCAAAACGUACGAAGGCGAGGCGAGGUCCGCCAAGUACCUGAGGGAGUGCUCCAGCAGCCGCUUCAUCGCCGUCAUGGGUUUCUUCCUGUCCAUCCCGGCAUUUCUCGUCGCACUUGUUCUGGCUUGCAUGCUACAUCUGCCGGCGGGUCCCGCCCUCACGACGGGUGUCAUGCUCGGGGUAGGCGUCCUCUUCUGCGUGUUGAGCGUCAUGCAGAACGUGUACCACUGGCGGGUGGAGAAGAGUCAGGCAGACGAGGGUGUACCGGUCUAUCACAGCCGCGCGCCGCCACCCAGCCGUCAAGGGGGAGGACUGGUGCCGCCCUUGCCUCCACUGACGCCCUCCCAGCCUCACUCCCAUCAGCACCACCAUCACCAUCAUGCAGACCACGGUGACUUGAACUCUGCUCAGCAGAAUGAACUGUCAACACUUGUCUGAUUUUUGUUACCUGUCUUUAGGGUCAAGGUGAACUUGUCGCCAGGGUAAAGUUUAACUUUUGCUACUAGUGUUUCUAUACCUGACGAUGGACAGGUGUUACUCGUGUUACUGCUGCGUCAUUAACAAAGAUGAUAAUAAUUGUCAAUAGUGUACAUAAUGCUGAGAGGUCAAUAAGUAUAUAGUUGUUUUAUUUUUCAGUAAUUAAAAUACCUCACAGCAAACAUUGUCAUAGUGGCAUGGGUCACCGGUCAUUUCACCCCAGGUAGGACCAUUUCAUCCCAAGACCGAAAAGCCAAAUCGUCCCAGACCCAAAAGACGUAUGACACAAGUAUCUAUUAACAUCAAAUAUUACCAAAAGGGCCAUACAUUGUUACAACAAUAUGGGAAGAAAUGACCGGCCCCAAUGGCAUGUUUAACACA